AUGACUUCACGAAUGCUUCUCAUGUCUCUGCAAAUUGGUAUGGGGAAACUGAGAGUUCUGUCUUGUGAGUUAGAAGAACUGCGUUGUUUUUUAGAUGAAAUUUCCUCUGCAGAAAGUCGAGCACCCAGCUGUGUAGAAGAAUCUCUCAUACUUAAAGAAGGGGAAGUAUUUAAAAGAGCUCAAGGUCGAAAACGUAUUGGUAAGAAGAAUUUCAAGAAACGAUGGCUUCGUCUAACCAACAAAGAGCUAACCUAUCAUAGACAGCAAGGCAAAGAAGCAUUGUUUUCUGUUCCAAUCAGAAGUAUUCGUGGAGUGGAGAGACUGUCAGAGGAUGCCUUCAACAGGAAAAAUAUGUACCAGGUGUUUUAUGGUGAGAAGAUACUUUAUAUCCAAGCAAAUAACUGUGUGGAAGCCAAUGAAUGGGUGGAAAUUAUUAGUCGGGUGAGCAGAUGUAAUCAGCAUAGACUGAAUUUCUAUCAUCCAAGUGCCUACAACACUAACAUCUGGUCUUGCUGCAGCGCCACAGCAGAGAAUGCCCAAGGUUGCACCUCUUGCACUGCACAUGCCCCUGCUGAUGUUCAGCUCGACAUUGAUGGAGAUCGUGAAGUAGAGAGAAUCUAUUCACUCUUUGAUACCUACUUUUUUCGAUUAAACAAGAUGGAAGAGGCAUGUGGGAGGAUAGCCAUUUACCAAGGGCCAGAUGAGCAAGAGGACGUUUCGCACUUCACUAUUGAAGAAUCUAUGCAGACCUUCAUGACACUGAAGAAAAUAAAGGAGCUGGUAGAAAAGCUGCGUGACCUCCAUGAAACGUACAGCAGGAAAAGCUUAAGCAGUGCCAAGAUUGGGAGUGAAGAAAAUCCAUUUGGGAAGAAAGUAUCUUAGCAAGUAAACUCCACUGGAAUGGACUGGUUUCCAAUGAAAUGGACUCAGUUAUAUAGUUGCACUUAAGAAAAACUCUGACUUCGAAGUAUGAAAGUACUCCUAGCAAUGACUGAAAUGUUUAACAGGGUAUUUAUAUUUCUGAAAAUUCAAGUUUAUUGUUAAGAUUUGUUAAAUAUGUUUUUAAGUACUGGGGAAUUCAUAACUGUGUUGAGUUUGAAGUUCCAAAAUUUGAUUGUACAUAUCUAGUUUUAAGGAUACUGUUAAAAUAGUUAUAUUUGAUUCCCUUUUUAUUAAAAAAGGAUAAUUUUUUAUGCCCAUUUAUGAGUAGAAAUAAUUUUGUAGUCUGUGAACAAAGUAAACACUCUCUGGGCUAACAUAUAUUUUUACUGUAUGUGAUAUUUGAAAAAGCUAGGGUAAUUUUAUCAGUUUGUAUGUGCUAGGGCUGUAAUGUUUACCAGAGACCUGAGAAAUUCUGAUGGAUAUUUGGCACUGCAGCUGUAUUUAAUUGUCCAUCUUUAUAAUUCCAUGUCAGUGUCACUUACCUUUGAAGCAAUAUUACCACAUUCUCAUGUAACUCUGUCUGCUCUUGCCCAAGAAGGUAUUUGGCAAUCGAAAUCAUUCACCUGAAUUUCUGUGGACCACACUCGUGUAAGGUGUAACCUUGCUUUGACCAAAUAAGAAGUUAGCCUUUGCUGAGCAUCUUGUGAUUCACUGAUUGUGAAACAGAUUUAGUUACAUUAGGACUGUGCAAGAAAAUCAUAGCCUUCUUGUGGGAAAUUGAGUAUUUCCUUUUUAGGUACAGAGUGUUGUCAGUUCCCUUUCUAGUAACUCAGUUUAGAUUGACUGAAGCAGGAUGAAUCAGGGAAUCUGUACUUUAUGUUGUAAAUGUUUACAUUAAGAAUGAGCAGCAUAUAGGGUGCAGACUUGAUUCACUGGCUUACAGUUUCAGAAAUUAAUGCUGUUAAUGUUGUAACUACGGUACCUGAACCACACUCCCAAGUAGCAAAUUUUGUACUUGUUUUAUGAAACUUUAUUUCAGAAGACAUGCAUUUCCAUUUUUGGAAAGAAGCUUGAAGUAGGCCACUCUGUUCCAUCUGUGUACAUUUUAUAUUAAGUGGUUGUAUAAAUUGCCUGACUUUUUAUCUCCAGUUUUUGUAUACUGUACCAUAGAUAAACAUAAACUGGAUAGCUCAGGAUUAAAACAAAAGUAGCAAAAGGCAGAUGAAGGUACCUUGAAGGCAGUCUUUCUGCCCUUAUUCCCUCAAUUUUCUUUCCUGUGGUACUGUGAGAGUUGUUGGUUAAAAAAGUCUUUGAAAUAUGUAAUUGUAGGGGUACGGUUUUGACACUGUAAGCUGGUUCAAGACUUUGUUUCUGCACCCUGACUCACAUGCAUAAACUUUAGGUAUAUUGCCAGGAUUGACCAGUGAAGCACUUUACUAAUCUGGAUUUAUCCAGAUUGUUUCUAGAUACUUUGUAUCUAAUACUUAGAUCUUUAUGAUCAGUUGAAUGAUCAGUAUUGUGUAAUGCUUUUAACAUUGCUUUAGCUAUGCCAGUUUGUUUCUUUUGUAAAUGAUAUACAGAAAUAUAUAUAUAUAUAUAUUACUAUCUGUAAUGCCAAAGGAAAAACAGGAGUAAUGAGAAGUUUUGCUGUAGAAACUUAAGAUCAUACUUGCUUUUGUUGACAAGAGAUUAGCUUUAAAAAUGUGAUCAAAUUUGUAAACAGUUGCUAUUUAAUGGAUGCACUGUGGAUUGCCGAGUCAUUUCAGGACACUUUCUUCUCCUAAGAUCCAAAUAAAUAGAAGCUCAAUUGUCCUGUAAUACUUCAGUAAUCUGCAUUUGUGGUACAUGUGAUGCUGUUUUCCUGCUGUCUGUUUAAGGGACAAGAAGGAUGCAUACAUUUUACCAGUGUUACAAAAUUUAAAGUAUUGAAAGUGUACUUUUGCAAUAUUUACCAAAUUUAGAUGUUUGAUUUUGAUCAUCUGUUCUAAUAAUUUUACCACUAAGCCAGUAUUUUACCGUAAAUGUAAAUUAAAAAAAGACAUUGUA